AUGGACCAAGAAGUUGUUCGUGCUGUACAGAACCUUCAAAGGCCAUUGGAGGACUGUUCUUCGACGUAUGAUGAUCUUGUUCAAAGGCUCAAAGGCUAUCUGAAACCGGUGAAAGGCAAGGCCGAUCAGUACGCCGUCUCGUCCAGUAGCCGCUUCAUGUGGUAUCUCUUCAGAAAGGAGCUCAAUGAAAUGCUUGCAAAUGUUGAAAGAAGCAAGAGCUCCCUUCAUACGGCUAUGAAUGCCGUGACCAUGAUCUGCGUCGUAAAUGCCGCCCCUGAUACUCUAGCUCAACGUAUUCACAAACCUCCUGAUGCGGAUAGAGAUGUCGGCAUCGCAUUGCGGUAUUACGCAGAGAGUGUGCAUCACGCCAGGACAAUACAAGAAAGCCUGACAAUCGUAGAACCCACCAAUUCCGUUCGGCGAACGCAAACUGCUGAAGUAGAGCCAACCCAAUCUAGCAUCCAAACACCAUACGACAUAUCAAAUGAAAAAUCGGAGCAACUACAGCGCGCAGGCAAUCAACAGCGAGGUCUUCACCAGGCAGCAUCAGAAGACGAUUACAUUCAGAUUGAGAUACUGAUCGGCGAAGGCGCAGACAUAAACGCACGAGACGCAUCGGGAAGAACAGCGCUUCAUCUCGCUGCUGAGCAGGGAAAUGUGGCGAGUGUGCAUAUACUUCAACGCCAUGGCAUCAAACUCAACACGAAGACUUACUCAAAAGGCAAUGACGGUGAACGUCAAUUUUGGGGCCAAGCCACUGCUCUGUAUCUAGCUUGCUCGAAUGGCCACUCAGAGAUCGUUCAGAUUCUGCUUGACGCAGGCGCCAGCGUCGAUGCAGCGAACUAUUCCAACCGUACGCCGCUUAUGCAGGCAGCGAAGUACGGUCAUAAAGCUUGUGCAGAAAAGCUGCUCGAUCAUGGCGCAAACCCGUACAUACGCGAAAUCAAUGGCUUUAUUCCUCUCCACGAUGCAAGUGGCGAGGGUAAGAUCGGCUGCCUAGCGACCCAACAACUCAUCCUGGACCGUGGAUGCGACAUCAAUGCUCGCACUGGAAAGCUGCUCCAUGACUCAACACCACUCCAUUUGGCAGCGCGAGAGCUUCACAUGGAAUGUGUACGUGACCUUGUGAAUCGCGGUGCUGAUGUAGAGGCCAAGAAUCAUUGGGAAGUCACGGCUUUACACGAAGCUGCUUUCUAUAAUGCUGCGAGUGAUGUUUUACGAAUACUAGUCAAUGAUGGGGACGCCAAUAUCGAGGCCAGGGAUCAUCGGCUGGAAACACCUCUGCAUAAAGCUGUGCAUGGUAGCAAGGCAGAUAAUGUUCGGUUUUUGCUUCUGAAAGGCGCGAAUGCGUACGCCAAGGAUGAAGCCUCUGUUGAUGCCAUCGAAGUGGCGAUCCUGAAGCACCAUCAAGGAGUGCUUCACGAAAUGAAGAAGCACCUGCCUAAUGAUCAGAGACUCAACCCAGGAGCACAUAGUCAACAUACAGAAAGCCAAGCUGAGAAGGAAGUCAAAGAUUGA